GCCUAACAUAAAAUCGAAGUUGCGGCUUCCACGAUAAAUAAAUUCUAGUAUAAAUUUAUAAAUUCCUAAAGAGAGCGUGACUGCCGAUCUGCUAUAUGAUAUCUAUGAUAUCAUUGUUAGCGCAGCAAGAAAUCUAUUGCUGCAUUACUGUGAUACGAAAUUUAGAUUCUAAUUUGGAAUUUCAUUUCUUUUUUCCUUUUUUAUCCUCAUUGAAAAAUAUAUUAUAUAGUAACGCAAAUAGCGCCAAUAUCAACAAUUUAUUUCUACUCAGAAAUUUCUACUUUGAAAUAUAGCAACAUAAAAGAUGAAUAAAGGAAACGAAGCCCAAGUUCCAAUAGAAUCUGAAUUCAAUAAUUUAAACAUCCUUGACAAAGAUUCUAAUUCAAUGAAUAUUG